GGAAGUGACGUUCCGUGUUGUUUACUUCCGCGUACCUGCAAGUCAGAAACUGUUAACUUUCAAGUUUUGUAUGUCACAAGAAGGAUAAGUUUACAAACUGCAGUCGUGUACCAAAUGCAUGGACACUGAGAGAGUUCGAGUCUAAACAAGAAUGGGAAACGGCGAGUCCAGCCAACCAAACAGCGACGGUGAAGAAAACACCUACAAUUAUUACAAGUCUGUCUUGCAAGAAGGGGCCUCACCUGUCAAAGGCAACAAACAGAGACUGAGUGCAUCACAGAGGGAUGAAAGGCCAGCAGAAUAUACACCUGAAACAGGAUCAAGCCCGGAAGGGUCUACUUCGGGGAGGGAUACAAGCCAAGAAGAGUCCACUUCCAGGCAGGAAGGUUCUCACUUGCCUGAAACUCCAGAACCAAGUGAUGAAAGUUUUGUUGAUGCCAACGAAGAUUUGAGUGGUGAUGAAAGGAACAGCGAAGGCGAUGUAGCCUCACACAGCUGCUCAAGAUCAGACGAGUCAAGUGUGUCUCACUUGGGAUCUUCCCCCGGGUCCAUGGAUAGGUCAUCAGGAUCCUAUUCACGCUCAGGUUGGUCCAGUUACAGGUCGGAUCAAACAAUCAACCGUUCUAGUGGGUCCAGCUCGAGCCUCCCAAACAGGAUCCGCAUCAUCGACACAUCUGAGAGUGAAGGAGAGGAUGAUGACACAAAAACCACCAAAAUGCACACCUCACAAGCAGCAACCCCAGCGUCAGGUAACCAUGGUCACAAAAAACAUCUCCCAAGACCCGUCCCCAUUCAUCUGGUCACCAAUGGAUCUGAAGCCAUGGGCAGGUCUGAUGUCACAUCUGUCGCGAACAAACAGGUGAAACGGAAAGCCGACGAUAUGGAUCCUGAGUCAGAUCCAGAAGAGAACCCGACCAUGACUGUUCCGGUUAGGAAGUCUGGUGGAGUGAACAGACCGUUUGCCAGACGGAAGCUUCGUGAUAUGGUGCUUGGUCCUCAGAGACCAGCAAAGGUGGAUCAAAACCAGCGUCGAGUUGUUCAGAAAACUUUAGAAGAGUCGACGUUGAAAAAGCAGCCCAAAGGAGAUGAUGAGGAGAUGGUUGUGGCAUCAGCUAGUGCUGCUGAUCAAAACUCAGAUCAGGAUCAAAGUAACAAAUUUGAACACUCAAACACAUCACCAUUCACAGACUUCCAUCUUCAACCAUCAUCUUCUAACACUGGUGCUGACCUUAGCGCAAGUGCUGAAACACCCAAAGAGAGAACUGUAGUUCCGGGAGACGACCCCAAACCAUCUCCACUUACCAAACCUGGAAUCAAAAGGGCCAACAUUGAUCCUGACCUUUCUGCAGGAAGUUUUGGGAGGGAAUCUUCAGGUGCUAUCCGGUCUCUGUCACAGAAGUUUGACAUGUUUGAAGAGAAUCCUGGCAAUGGUUUGGGUAGUGGUCCAACAGAACAGAGAACUACCCAAGUUCUGCCCCGAAGGGGGAAUUCGGGUCAGUCUACAGGACCUUCAGAAGCUUCUGCUGGAGGUUCUGCUGGAGGUUCCAGGGAUGUCAGGACCAGUGUAUCUGGGGAAACUAGUGGAACAAAUUCUUUGCAGGACAGGAUGACAGUCCAUAACAAUCACUGGACGUCGCAACUCCCUCGGGUUAAUACUACUGCAGAACAACGAUUUCAAGCCAGUUCAAGAAGCAGUCCGGAACCUUCCACUUCUGACUGGCAUACAACCACGCUCAGAAACAUGGGAGAAAAGUUCUCCUUUCUCCUUGCCGAUACGACCAAUGUGCAUAUUUGUUAUGAUGACAUCACAACGUUACGAACCGAUGCCUUGAUUAAUCCCACAGAUGGACAGCUAACUCAUGUGAACGAAACUGCUCGUGCUGUUGCCACGGCAGCAGGACCUAUGAUGACCCAGCAGUGCCAGUUUUUCUUAUGCCAGCAUGGAGGGCCCCUAGAAACAACGGAAGUGGUAGAAACAUAUGCAUCGGGGUCGUUAAGUGGUCGGGUGGGUCACAUUGUUCAAUUGGCCACACCCAUGUACGAGGCAGCCAAUGAGAAGGAAUCAACAAACAAGCUGCUGAAGUCGUAUCUGAACUGUCUGAACCAUGUCAAUGACAAGCUUGGUCUUCAGUCCGCCAUGUUUCCAUGUAUUGGUGCAGGCUCUUACCCACAAGACACCUGCAUCAACGUGUUCUUCGAGGCGCUGCUCGUGCACCUGGCAGAACGCAAGGCCUCCAGCCUCAAGAUGGUCAAGUUUGUUUUUAACAAUGUACAUUUAGCAAAUUUAGCCAUUGAUAUGAUUCAAUCCCACCUGGAGAGAAUAAUUCUUGAGGGAAUUGACACUUUGACGGCUGAGGCCAUGAACGGUUACUAUGGCAACAGUAGAUGGGAGUGUUGUCAGAACGACAUCAAUGACCGUCUGGGGCGCCAAAUGGAAGUUGACUCCCCAAAGAAAAUGUUUCGUGGACCUCCGGUGAAGAGACCACGCCUUUGAGAGUAGAAAAUUGGUCGCAUUUGUGUUCAUGUGUUAUAUUUUACUGAAAAUAUGUUUUGUAAGUUAUGAACUCAUAAGGCCUUAUAGUUUUUGUUACCUGGAUACAAAAUCUUUGACACCAGUUCAAUGUAGGAUGAAAAGUAACUACCGAAUUCGAUGUAAUAAGCGCCCCGCUCUAAUAAGCGCCCACAGCGAUAUUUGCUAAUAUAUUGGCUAGUGAACAAUUCCAAUUCCUUCCGAUUGAUCAAUAUACACAAGACUUAUUUAUUCGUGUAUA